AUGUCUGACCUGCACCUCGAAGUCGGCCAACAAUACGCGGAUUUCCGCAUCAAACCACGAGCCUCUCAGCUGAUCCUCGCAGGUGACAUCGGUCGUCUUGCAGACUAUGAUGCCUUUCGUGACUUUUUAUGCACCCAGUGUGGGAAUUUUGAGGCUGUUUAUCUUGUCUUAGGCAACCAUGAGUUUUUCGGAGUCACUCGCCAGGAAGGCCUACGUCUAGCAGACCAACUGCAAGAAGAACCGCAAAUGAAUGGCAGGUUGGUUAUAUUGAACCAGAAACGGGUUGAUAUUGGUAACACUACUAUUCUAGGCUGUACUCUACAUUCACAUGUGCUGCCAGGAUCGGAGCAGGUUGUUGCCUCUAAGAUUAACGACUUCCGCUGUAUUAAGGAUUGGACAGUUGCCAGCCAUAAUGCAGAGCACGCUGCGGAUGUGAAGUGGCUGAAGGACGAAAUUAGCUCUCUGAGAAGUACAGAGUCCGAGUCGAAGCGGAAACUUGUUGUUGUCACACAUCAUGCUCCUUCAACCAGUAAGACCUCGAAGGCGUCGGAUGAGGGAAAUCCAUGGAGUUCUGCUUUCGGGACGGACCUCUUGGAUGGCACGCAAAGGUCAUGUCUUGACCAUGUGAAUUGUUGGAUAUAUGGUCAUACACAUUACUCUUCCGAAUCAAUCCGCGGACAGGUAAGGCUUGUGAGCAACCAGCGAGGUUAUGUAUUUCCGGGACAGAGCAACCAGCCGCAUAAAAGCCCGGGAGGCAUCAUAUCAAAAUUUCUCGGAUCAAGGGAGCAUGUUUUUGAUGUUGAGAAGGUCGUCGAAAUCUAG